CAUUCAUAAGUAAUGAAUUGUAGCUCGCUGUAAAAGUGACGCAUGCGCACGAUUGCUUCUUCAUCUUUCCGUGUAUAUAAGGGCGUUUGGGGCGCACUUCGCGUUCGCAUGCGCACAGAAGUGUGUUCAUCGAGAUUUUAAAGACGUUGCACGCCGGAAAAUAGUUACAAGUGCCUCUCAUACCAAAAUCGAACCCGAGAAGGCGACUUGACAGCGAUGAAUGAAAACCAAUUCGUCGCGUAUCGACUCAAUCUUCUCCGAGUUAUUGAAGGCUUAUAAAAUCGACUGUAGCUGGGCCUAUAUUCAGUACUGCAGGCCUGCUCUGUCUUGAUAAAAUUCACAACUAUGAAGCCAAAACACACAACAGACCUCGGCAAUUUACUUGAUGGUAACUGAUGCACUUCGUGUAGACGGCUUCCUUGCAUAUGAUCCUCCAACCGAGUGGCAUUUUACGACCUGAUAUUGUCAUGGCCGGCCUCUGUAUGCAGGCUUAUUAGCGGAACUGAGUGGAGUCCGACCCUUCAUCGUCUUGACAAACAAAUACGCAGGCAAUUUUCAUCGGUCUGUUGAUUCAGCGCAUAUCUAUGAAUUCGAUGGGUUAAAGAAAUAGAAAACGACAUGCAGGACAUUUCAACAACCAUUAAUUAUCGAGUAAGAAGUGAGGAAGACAUCAAUACCAUACAUUGGUACAUAUGCGCAGGCGUGCGAGGUUUGUUAUCCACCAAUUUCCGCUGACUUUCUUUCAGGAGGUGGAGCAGGAAUGGAAACGAUCCAAGAGGAAAGAUCCAGAAGUCUUGCACAUGCCUGUGAUCUAUCCUAAAUGAGUUAAGUCUCAGUUGAAAAUGGAGGGAAAUCGUGAGUCGUCUCUUGUGACCUCAACAUCUUCAACGGAAGAAGACACCAAUGUGAUCCUCAUCUACUUUCGUACUAUCUUCAUUAUCUGCGACGUAGUCUGUACACUAUGUGGUAACACCAUCUCCACGAUCAUCAUCCACAGAGCCCAGGGCUUUUCGGACAGCGUGCGGGUGCUCAUGACUUCGCUGUGCCUGGCUGAUCUCGGAGUUGGCCUCACGCUGAUCUCAUCAGCCGUAUCAUCGGCAGCCGACAGGUGGAUCUUCGGGGACCCCUGGUGCAAAGUCACGGCUGGCCUGUUAGCCGUGUGCCUUAGCAUGUCCGUGUUUUCGUUACUCGGGGUGAGCGUGGAUCGCCUCAUUGCAAUACGCUGGCCGCUGCGGCACCCAAUGUUGAUAACUGAGCGAAGAGUUCAGAUCGGAUGCGUAUUGCUUUGGGUUACCAGCGCAGUAGUCGCUGCAGGAAAUGUUUGGAUGCACAGCGACAUAACUAAUUACCAGCAAGUAGCAUCAAUAUGUUACAUGAAUUUCCUGUCCGGUCCGGCUGGCGUCGCCAUUGAGAUCUUCAACGCAACGGUUCUCUGUGUGUUACCUCUUGCCACAAUCGUCCUCAUUUACACGAAUUUACUGACCAUCAGUGCUAGACACCAGCGGCAAUUACGUGACAAUCUAGCCUUGCAGCCCGCCAAUACCAUUGUUUCAAACCAAGAGGCCUCUUUGAAUCAUCAUAUACCCAAGUCCAGCACUGGGGAGACGGGCAAAAGGCGGGCUGCACUGAACAGGAAAGCCCUGAUAAUGUUCCUGGUGGUGUCACUAGGGUUUGCACUGUGUUGGGCGCCUCACUUUGCCAUGAGGCUCUACGGGGCAUUAACGGGAGGCACACUAUCUGAAUGGGUGCAACUCUUGUACGUGUGGCUCCCCAUGUCCAACAGUUUCUGGAAUGUCGUCAUAUACACCUUAAUGAAUGGCUCUUUCAGAAGAGAGGUGAUUAAGCUAUUCAGAGAAAUGAGGUGUUGCUUCAGGCACAGAGUAGUGCCUCAAACGAAUGAACACAGUCGAGAGGAACAUCCAUCGAGGUUGACGCAACCUCGCGCACAAUCUGGCGACUGUUAAAAAGGCAUAAGAGUAAUGAUUUGGAAAGAAUAGUAUGCAGCAAGUGAGCUGAUGUUCACCUUUGGACCUUAUAUACAAAGUGAAUGUUUACUUUAUUCGGAGGAAAGGAGUGCAGUCUCAUAAUAUUAAUGAAAAAAUAAUAUUAAUGAAAACAAAUUGAUGCGUUUGUUUGGACCACACUGACAAGAGCUGUUCUUGUCAGGGCAAUAUAAGUUCCGUUUGUCAUGAGAUAUUCGUAGACUUAUGUGCAAAAAAAAUGAACUGAAAGCAGUAGAUGUGUUUCUUGUCUUGUUAUGUUGACAAGAUAUUGUCCAAUAUUUGCAAAUAGGUUAUUUGGGAGACAUUCUGUGGUAAAUUUCUCAGCAUUAGGGAGACAUCGGCUUUUAGGGAGACAUUUCAGUGCCUCCCUAUUUUCAAACUACCAGAAGGAGGCCGAAUUUUACCGUCCAAGUUUUGAGAGAUGAUAGAUUAGGGUCUAAAACGAAAACGUACAAAGUUUCGUUCAGAUCAGACUAGGGAAUAUUGAAUUAUGGGACAGUAAAGUUGAAAAAAUUUUGUGCACGUUCUUAUGGGAAUGUCUCCCUAAUGACCCAUUAGCGGUAAUUAUAAAUUCCCUAAGUAUUAGCCUCGAGCAGGACCAAGAGAGGGCGCUAUUUUCUUAG